AUGAUGAACGAAAGCUUAGCUUACUUUAUUCCGAAACGAGGUAGGAGGCCUCAUAGAUUGCGUCAGCUUGAACGUCGUACUAAAGCCUUCAUGCUACAGAAUAACGAGAAUUAUUCGCUUUUCGGUAAACGAUUCUCAGAAUCACGCAUUUUCAUACGAAAUGAAAGUCCCUUCAACAAUGUAACAAUGGCAGUUUUCCUUGAUGGUCCACUUUAUUGGGCAGCACUUGUUCACUGUGAAGACCUACUACCAACACCAUCACUUCAGCUUCACUUGUGGGUUUCUAAACAAAGUCUCCUUCCAUGUUACCCCUCCACUUGUCGGAACGUCCAGAUUUCCAGCCUCGAAGAGCUGGUGUCCCGGCAGACAGAGUUGAUGGCCACCUCCAACGCGAGUCAACAAGCUGCCGAGGCAGCUCGUCAAGCGGCCCACGACCAGUUGGGCGUUGGACAGGGCGAACUGGCCGAGGCACGACGCGGCCUGGAAGCAGUUCGACAACAGGCUGAACUGGCGUCUGAGCGGGCCGCCAGGGACGUGGCGGAACUCCGUGGCCGUCUUGCCGGCCUGGAAGUUGAACGCCAAGAGGCAAUUAAGCGAACUGACGAGCUGGAGCGAAGGCUGCGAGACAAGGAGGCAGAAGUGUGUAAUCUAUCUCUGGUCUAUAUGGUGCUUUUUAUGCUGUCCGAAUCUGUUGUUUUUUAG